AUGUCUGCAGAGCCCCAGUCCCCCUCCAUCAACGAUCAUGACGAGUGCAGCGAAUCUGGCGAUGGCCGCAGCGAUGCCAGCGGCGAGUCCAAUUCCAGAGCAAUCCAGGUCGUGAUGCCGGUCAUCCCCAGCGAUGACAUAGAAUGGGUGACCGCUUUUGGCAAAGCACAACCACGGGCCGCAGUUGUCACGGCUGGCCGCCGUGGCCGUAGCAAUGGCUUGCACAUCGCCGUGAAUGACUGGGUUGCAAUGUCCCCCAAUGGCACUCGCAGGGACGACGCCUUCAACGGUCACAUCGAAUUAUAUGCCAAGGUGGUCAACGCAGGAUUUCAUCCUGAGUUAGGCAACCUCGUCAAAUUGCGCUGGACAUACAGUAGAGAAGAGCUCACGGAGAUGCCUCUGGAAGACAACGCUAUCAGCGUUUGGGAUGUGAUGGGCCAGAACGAGCAUAUGGCCUACAUGGGUGACACGUUCGAGUUCGCCAAUAGCGUAACCAAGGUCAUUCAAGUGGAGGAGUUCUUGGCCGACACCGCCUCACUGCACGUCCUUUCUGAAUCGGCGCACUACUCUCGCAAGAACGUCGCGCUGUGUCUGCCCCUCGGGAGCACUCGGUACUCCCUUAUCGCCGGCUCCCGGGAUCUCGUUUGCAAGGCCAACGGCUGCCAGCACCUGGGUCUCUAUCGCCCCGAUACUGAUAUUCUCCGAUGGUGUCAGUUCUGUUAUUCGUGGUACCACGUCGGUUGUCUCAAGGCCGUUGCCGCGAAAGGCCCCACCCUCCCUAAAGCCGAUCCCGAGCGCCCGGAGCAAUGGUGCAGCCCGAGCGCUAUUGAGAAGAACCUCUCCACCGGACGCAUCGUGUACGACUACCACAACUUCACUCUCUGGCGGCAGCUCCUGAAGCUUCCUGUUCAACGUGGAUAUGUGGGGCACGGUUACCCGUUGUCGUUCGAGCUACUCACUCUGGAGAUCCGCAAGACGGCGGCUGCCACCGGCUGCCCAGCUGACGUUCGCAACUUCGUCCUCGAGCACCUUUCACCUGCCCCGGGCCUCGCUCAUCACUCCCACGAACUAGUUACCCCUCUUUACGCGUCCCUGACCAUGCCAUCCACAUACUACCAAUGCCCCACCUGCGAGCAGGAAGUUGUGAUCUAA